GGGGAAAAGGGAAAUAAAAAUAAAAAGAGAGGAGAGGCGAAGCAAGGCGAGGAGGAGGGAGAACCCGGAGGCAGGGGAGGGGGAAUAAUUCCGCGGGGGCUGAGGGAUCUCGGCGGUUCCGGCCGCGGAGGAGCCCGGCGAGGCGGUGAUCCGAGGGCGAUCGGAGGCGGGCGCGAGCGGACGCCGGCGAGGUGUGCCCGGCGUGCUAAUUCCGGGGAAUUCGGAGGCGGGGCGCGAGUCGACGCCGGCGAAGAUUUGUGUUGGGGGACAAGCCAUGAGCAGCGCAACCACCGGUUGUUAACCACGCAACCCCUGUUGUGAAUUGCAAGCAACCGAAGCGAGGCGCAAGAAAUGGUGUUCCAGAAGAGGUCGUCGUCGGAGAUGGAGUCGUGCGGUGGAGGCCAAAUCGCGGAGAUGCCGCGCGUUCCCAAAUCCGCGAGGGGCAAGAGAUCGGCCCGGAAGAAGGAGGCCCAGAGCCCGGACCAGAUGAUGUGCGCGUUCGACCUUCUCGCGACGGUGGCCGGGAAGCUGCUUGAUGAGGGCGAGGGCUCGCUCGGGAACAUGAGCGCCGGUGCCCCGGCCUUGGCUGCGUCCGCCAAGGAUGUCCGCGUGAAGCAGGAGCAGUGCGAUGAGGAAAUGAAGCAUUUCAAGCACGAGGUGACGGAUCAGGAUAGCUGCAACGAGAGCGCAAUUCUCCCCCACAAUGUGUUUCCGCGGUCGGCGAAUCAUGCUCGGAACGAGGAUCCAAAGGCGAAGUCUGAAGCCCAGGACAAGGAAUCCUCCUCGAUCAGCUGUGCCAAGGCCGAAUUGGGUUGUAAUUUCAGGGCGAUUGCAGAUAGGUGGUCACCUGAAUCCGUGGAAUCAGGAGCCUUCACAGGAGAUGCAGCAGCGAGCCUGAUGCAGGUGGCCGCAGCAGGAUUUCAUAAGAAUGCUCCUGACAUGUAUAAUUUGCUCGAUCCAAUGGAUGUGGACACGAAGCCUCCUCCUUUGGUCAGCUCUGACAGCACCGGUGAGAUGCCAUUUCAUGGCGAUAAAAUUCGCCGCUCAAUCUCCUUGCCAAGGGGGCCGAAGGGUGUGGCGGGGUAUGCUGUAGAUAGAGAUGAUGACGACGAUAAGUCCUCUGGGUGCACUCAUCCAAGCACCACCACUAACAGGGGUUUCAGGCCCAAUUGUACAGCUGAGCAUAGUAGGGUAAGGAAGCUGCUCACUUCUAAGUACAGGAAAGUUGCUCCAGCCAGGGUGCACAAAUCAGAUCUUUCCUACAGUGAUGUCGAGCGGAAGCCUUCUUUCCGCAACAAGAAAAUGCAUUAUACACGACAGAGGACACAGAGGAGUACAUUUAAGCGGAGGAAGCUCUUUGAUCGUCAUGCAGUUCUAGCAUCUGAAUUUGGUAGAGCAAAUGGAAAAGGAAACACAAAGGUUACUGGAAGAGACUCCCAUGCUUCUUCUUUGGAAGCAAACAAGGGGACCAAUUCAAUGCCAUUCCAGAAAUCUUGUGCAUCAAACGAUUGCCAUGUGAAACUUAGAAUUAAGUCUUUCAAGGUGCCUGAACUUCUUGUUGAAAUCCCAGAAAGUGCAACGGUUGGGUCACUAAAGAAAACUGUUCUUGAGGCGGUAACUGCCAUUCUUGGGGGUGGUCUUCGCGUGGGUGUUCUUCACCAUGGAAAGAAAGUCAGAGAUGAUAGUAAAACUUUAAUGCAGGCUGGGAUUGGUCAGGAUGAUAUGCUUGACAACCUUGGUUUUUCACUCGAGCCCAACUGUACGCACAACCUGUCGCAAGCCCAAGCUCCUGAAGAUACCAGUUUCCUGGAAACCAUUGAUACUACUGAACCCCUCGCAAGGAUUGCGCCUGCUGACUCAUCUUCCAAGCAUGGUGAAGUCGAUGUCUCCCAGGAUCUUGCACUAACUCCCUUAGCAAUGAACUAUCAUGGCAGCGACCAUGAUUCAGUGCAAUCCCCUGGGGGCUUCUCAUCACCUGAUAAAGUGUCCACAAACUCGCGAGCUUUAGUUCCUGUUCCACCUGCAGAUCCCAAUGCAGGGGCUGUAGUUCCAGUGAAUAAGUCAAAGAGGUCACCAGAGCAGGGGCAACGCAGGAUCAGGCGUCCGUUCUCUGUUGCUGAAGUAGAAGCACUUGUGCUUGCAGUCGAAAAGCUUGGAACUGGAAGGUGGCGAGAUGUUAAACUCCGCGCUUUUGACAACGCAAAGCACCGGACAUAUGUUGAUCUUAAGGACAAGUGGAAGACGCUGGUGCACACGGCGAGCAUCUCGCCGCAGCAGCGGCGUGGCGAGCCGGUGCCGCAGGAGCUGCUCGACCGGGUCCUGGCGGCCCAGGCCUAUUGGUCCCAGCAGCAAGCCAAGCUCCAGCCUAAGACGCCCCCAUUGGCUGAGGCUCGCUUGCUCACCUAAUAAUUCGAUGAUCCCGGCUGAUGGCCUCCUCGGAGGCCGUUACAGCCUUUGUAUAAAGUCAGUAAGUCAGUCAGUUCCCUUCACAGGAGGUUUAAGGAAGAUAUUAGAAAAAGAAAAAUAUAUAUAAGCUACAAGAAGCAUUGACCGAUUUGUUGUAAUAUCUACUCACCACCGGAUAUUCUUUAAGCCAGGAUUCUCUCUCCUUGUGAAUUUAACCAAAGGAAAGGGUAUUUCUUUGGCAAAUUGUACAUGUUGAUGAUGGAAGAAGAAGAUGAUCCAUGAACUGAGAUCUGCAGUGUCUACUAAUAUCUCACAAUUUUGCAAUUGUGGUUAAGAAAAUGAAGGUGCUGCUCGACCAAGCUCCUGCUCCGGCUCCAGCUUCCGGGUUCUGUUGUGAAGAAGUUGUUGCCUCCUACAGAAGUUGUGAAGCCAAAAUUCAGUGUAUUAGGCCUGAAGUUGAAGUACAGAGCCUACAAUAUAGUUUGACUCAGUCAUAGAGACGGUCACAGAAGCCGUCAAAGGAGGGUAGCUUCUCCUUUGUUGAUUUUAGGCUUGGGAGCUCAGCUCCAGCAAAAGACUGAGCGAGGGCAAAGCGGCACCGAAAGCGAGCUUCAGAUUCUUUUGUUCAAUUGAAUUCAUUCUUUUGUUAGUGGAGGGUGAUGGUAGGAGAGAAGGGAUGGAUCUUUGCUUCACUUUUCCCUUUCUUUUUUAUACUGUAGCUGUACUAUGUUCCUUCACCAAUCUUGUAGUUAUCCUCAAAUUUGUAAUUGAUCGAAAUUAACAAUAUGAAAAGGAAAGAUUUUUUUAUA